AAAUAAAUAAAUAAUUUAGGUUAAUAGUGAUGAAAAGUAGUGAAAAGUAAUGCUUGCUAAAUUAACAUCAAUUAUCAAAAGAGUAUGAGUGGGGUUGGUUGGCACAUUGAUUUUGGGGUUGGUUGGCACAUUGGUUUUUGUGUGGGUUAUCACAAUGGGUAUUAAAAAAGAAUAGAAAAUAAAUUAUAACAUUCAUACACACUAUUUACCAACUUAAUACCUCUAAAUAUACACAUAUAUAAUUUAAACUGAUGUAUAAUAGUAAUAAUACUAUGUAUUAUUAUUAUUAUUAGGCUUCAAGCCAAGCCAAUGAUAGAAUUAUUUCCUUUCAUUUAUGUGAUUAACAUUGUUUUACAUUUAUAUAUAACGUUUACACAAAUAUUUAUAUACGUUUAUAUAAGUAAAACUUGUUCAUAAUAAUUUCAAACUGUAAAUCUGUAUAUAUCAAUCACAACCAUAAUAAAAAAAUAUAAAACAUAAAAAAUUACUAAUCAUCAUUACUCACAUUAAUGAUGAUCUGUUGUCCUGGUUGAAAUAAAGUGUUGUUUGUUUUUCUGUGUGUUGCUUCUCUCUUAAAACUAUAGUGUGCAAACCAACCCCACAUCCCGUGCCAACCAACCCCUAUAUGGAGCUGGCACAAAUGCACAACAUAACUUUGACCAUUAAAUAACAAAAGUCAACAAAUAUUUGGUGACAACGAAUGUUAUCUUUCAUUUGCACCUAUAGGGCAUCUUAACGUUUGUUCUACCAGAGAUAUUCAACAAAGUAUAAAAAAUGUGCCAACCAACCCCGGCCUCCCCUACUAUGUGCUGCACAGAGAGGCUGUAGGUCGCUGUACCAAGAAUACUGCAAUAUUACAUCAGAUACUCGUAAUUGUAUUGAGUGCAAUAUUUGAUUUUAUUAUUAUAUUUUGCCAAUUUUAAACCGAGUUUGAUUUAUGCUCGCUGUGUGGGCAUUGUGAGACUAGAGGAACUUUUUUUUGCUAUGUGUUUAGUAAUUUUGUAUGUUCGUGCGUCAAGCGUCGGGAGAAGGUUUGUGAUAUUUAUGAAUAUUUCACCAGUAUGCUGGGUGGGCGGAGGCACAGAACCAAUGAGAUGAGAUGGACUGCUGAAUUGCCGUCAUUUUCCGAGUGGAGAGAGAGAGAAUAUAGAGCUACACUGUUCCCAUAAACUAAGAGAGCCUCCGUAAUUGUAAAGUUCAGUAUAGGAUAGUGCGCGUAAAAAUGCCCGAUAUGAAUUCAUUUCCGUUGGGUGCUUUGAAGAAGCACAUCACCUCUGUCAGCAGCGCAGGUGGCAAGCAGCACAGUUCUCCACUGGAAUGUGAAUAAUGAAGGUUACUGUGAAAAAGAAGAGCAGAGAUGUCGGUGCCUUUACUGAAAAUUGGAGUAGUGCUCAGCACGAUGGCGAUGAUCAGCAACUGGAUGUCGCAAACGUUGCCCUCUCUAGUAGGUCUGAAUAGCACCAAAUUAAGCGUGGCACCUCCGGGUGUGCCGGACCGGAGCACAGGCGUGCUGCCUGCUAACCCAGAGGAGUCGUGGCAGGUGUACAGCUCAGCACAAGACAGCGAGGGCAGGUGUGUGUGCACUGUUGUGGCUCCUCAGCAGACCAUGUGCUCGCGGGAUGCCAGGACCAGACAACUGAGACAGCUCCUGGAAAAAGUCCAGAAUAUGACCCAAUCAAUCCAGAAUCUUGACCAGAGGACCCAAAAAGACCUACAAUAUGUGCAACGAAUGGAGGUGCAGUUGAGAGGCCUGGAAUCCAAGUUCAAACAGGUGGAGGAAAGCCACAAACAGAAUAUCGCCAAGCAAUACAAGGCCAUAAAAGCGAAAAUGGAGGAACUUAGGCCAAUGAUACCAGUGUUGGAGGAAUACAAGGCCGAUGCAAAAUUGGUAAUGCAGUUUAAAGAGGAGGUCAAGAAUCUGACGUCAGUGCUAAGUGAACUGCAGGAGGAGAUUGGGGCCUUUGACUACGAGGAGCUUCACAACAGGGUGUCAAAUCUUGAGGAGAGGCUCCGUGCAUGCAUGCAAAAAUUAGCAUGUGGGAAGCUGACAGGAAUAAGUGAUUCCAUAACCGUAAAGACGUCUGGAUCAAGGUAUGGAUCCUGGAUGACUGAUCCACUUGCCCCUGAUGGUGAUACAAGGGUGUGGUACAUGGACGGCUACCACAAUAACCGCUUUGUCCGGGAAUACAAGUCCAUGGCUGACUUCAUGUAUUCUGACAACUUCACCUCGCAUCGGCUUCCUCAUCCCUGGUCGGGCACAGGGCAGGUUGUCUACAAUGGCUCCAUCUACUUCAAUAAGUUCCAAAGCAACACCAUCAUCAAAUUCGACUUUAAGACGUCCACCAUUAGCAAGUCAAGUCAGCUGGAUUACGCUGGCUACAACAAUCGCUACCACUACUCCUGGGGUGGUCACUCUGACAUUGAUCUUAUGGUGGACGAAGGAGGGCUCUGGGCUGUGUAUGCCACCAAUCAGAAUGCGGGGAACAUCGUCAUCAGCAAGCUCAAUCCAUCAACCCUGCAGGUCAUCAAGAGCUAUACCACCAACCACCCAAAGAGGAGUGCAGGCGAGGCCUUCAUGAUCUGUGGAACUCUAUAUGUCACCAAUGGCUACUCAGGAGGGACAAAGGUCUACUAUGCUUUUCAUACCAACUCCUCUACUUAUGAGUACAUUGACAUUCCCUUGCAGAACAAGUAUUCCCAUAUCUCCAUGCUGGAUUAUAACCCCAGAGACAGAGCUCUUUAUGCAUGGAACAAUGGGCACCAGGUGCUAUAUAAUGUCACCUUGUUCCAUGUCAUUCGCUCUGAAGAGCUUUAAACAUCCACACAGUGACAGUCUCCUUCCGUUUGAGAUCUUCAGUAGCACUGAUGGAAUUUGUUAUUGAAAAAUAGAGUAUUGCCUAAUGAUUGUUCAAUAAAAUACAUAAUAAUGUAUCAAAAGUAAUAGUUAAAGGCAACAUAAUUAACAGCUGCCAAAAGGUCUUUUUUUUCUUGUUUUUUUUAAAACUAUGAAUGCUUAUUUCAAGCUUUCUUUAGAUGAUUGUGUUGGAUUUUCUUAUCACAAAGUACUUGUACAGCUUUAUGUAUGAACUUUACUCAAAACACCCUGUUAAUAGUGGGUAAAGAAGUGUGAUGCAAGAAAGAUAUUAUUUAAUUACCCAGUUACGGUGACCUCAAGAGGUAUUUAGACACUUAAGCCCUACUUAAAAUGUUAUUGACUUAUAUUACAAAAUAUCAAGCCUAAUGGCAUUUCUUCUAAAUAAAUACAGCACAAUCACUUUUCAAGCAAAUAAGCAAAAAAAAAAAAAGCUUGUUUGGUUUAAAAUUCUACAACAAUAGAUAUAUUGUUCUUAAUUAAAGGAAUAGUUCACUCAAAAAUGAAAAUUCUCCAAUUAUUCACUUACCCUGAUGCCAGAUGUGUAUGUCUGUCUUUCUUCAACAGAACACAAAUGAAGAUUUUUAG